GACCAGUUGACUGGAUAGAAAACAUGGCUGCUGCCGAGUGUGCAGCACACGAUUUGUGGAAGUGAGGUGCCCCCAUUCUGCAGCAGCACCAUGAGACGCCAGUAGCCCCCCCGCCGUAGCAUGGCCACGUCCCGUUCCUCGCGCGUCACAAGGUCAUCGGUCGGGCUCAAUGGAUUGGACGAGAACUUCUGUGGCCGAACCCUCAGGAAUCGCAGUAUCGCCCAGCCGGAGGAGGGUCAGGGGUCGCCCCUCGCCGGCAGCAGGGCCCCACGCUCCCCCAAGAAGAGGCAGGAUGGUCAGACGGGUGCCUCAGAGAAGCCUGGGGCUCACCAGGGAAAGGUAGCUCACCACAAGGCCACCUCAGUGGAUGGGGAGACAUGGGCGAGCCCCAGGAAGAGGGUCCUGUCCUGCUCAGAGAGAGAAGGGGUCGGGGGUUCGGAGAAGGCUGAGAACUGUGAGGGGAGGAGGAAGGAGACGCCGGGGGCUGCGGGGAGGGAUGCCUCGCCCAUCCUCAAAAGGGCCAAACGGUGCUCCCGCUCUGGGGAGUCGCAUGGAUCCAAGGAUGACCCCCCGUCUGCGCCCCCCAAACCUGACAGCCCCGCCUCCCCGUGUGCCCCCUCAGCGACUAUCAAGGAGAACAGUGAAGGGGGCGACCUGCUCAGACAAAACUCCACCGCAGCCUCCCCGUGUGCCCCCUCAGCGACUAUCAAGGAGAACAGUGAAGGGGGCGACCUGCUCAGACAAAACUCCACCGCAGCCUCUCCGUGUGCCCCCUCAGAGACUGUCAAGGAGGAAGGAGAGGAGGAGGAGGAUGACGUCGGCGGCCAUAUUGAGAGCGACAGCCAUGCUCAGCAGCCCCAGAACUCCAACUCCCAUAAGUCACGUACCGGGCUGGGGCAGACCAGCAGUAGCCCUGAUGCUCAGACAAACUCCCUGGGUCCCAGCGCUGCCACCAGCACCACCUGUCCAGGUCCUGGUCCAGCACUGCUGAACGGCAGCCAGAGGGGGGUGCCUCCGGACCCCAUAGUGCCUUCUAGAAACUCUGAUCCUGGGCAGGAGGAGGAGGGUAAGGACUCAGGGGAGUAUCCUGCUCCUCUUUUGGCCUCUUUUGAGGAGGACUCCUCUACUCCCCACCUGUCCGUCAGAGAGGAGGAGGUGGAUGUAGUGGGGGACUCGGUGUGUCGGGAGGAGGAGGUGACAGCGACCGAGGAGGUGGUGGUGACGGCGACCGAGGAGGAGGAGGUGACGGCGACCGGGGAGGAGGAGGUGGCGGCGACCGAGGAGGAGGUGGUGGUGGCGGAGGAGGUGGUGGUGACGGCGACCGAGGAGGUGGUGGUGACUGCGACCGAGGAGGAGGAGGUGACGGCGACCGAGGAGGUGGUGGUGACGGCGACCGAGGAGGUGGUGGUGACGGCGACCGAGGAGGUGGUGGUGGCGACGGCGACCGAGGAGGUGGUGGUGGCGGCGGCGACCGAGGAGGAGACGGCGACCGAGGAGGUGGCGGUGACCGAGGAGGAGGUGGUGGCGGCGACCGAGGAGCAGGAGAGUUGCGGCGGGGGAAUUAACGGAUGGUCGUUCAUGCCGCUGGUGGUGCAGGACGCUCACCUCGCCCCCCUCCUUCACAGAGCCCCACGAACACAGGGACAACGGCCCUCUGUGGGAGGGGUUGGAGGCGGGGAGAGAGCUGGACGCUACUCCGGCUACUCCUAA